AUGGACAAUGCCAGUGAGUCGCCCACAGACAAAGGUGGAGAGACAGGGGAGUCAAAUGAGACACCCGCCGCUCCACUGGGUCCCGCGACCACCAACACGGAAGGAAUCUUGGAGGAAACAGACGGGAACAGAGAUGGUGACUUGAAAGAAACCGCGGUGGAGGAAGCCGAGCUGAAGAGUCAGAACGUCUCAGAUUUAACAGCAGUUGAAAGGGAAGACUCAUCAUUACUUACUCCAGCAGCCAAAAAACUGAAAAUAGAUACUAAAGAAAAGAAAGAGAAGAAACAGAAAGUGGAUGAAGAUGAGAUUCAGAAGAUGCAAAUCCUGGUUUCUUCUUUUUCUGAGGAGCAGCUGAACCGUUAUGAAAUGUAUCGCCGGUCAGCUUUCCCCAAAGCAGCCAUUAAAAGGCUGAUCCAAUCCAUCACUGGCACCUCCGUGUCUCAGAAUGUUGUUAUUGCCAUGUCUGGUAUCUCCAAGGUCUUCGUUGGGGAGGUGGUAGAAGAAGCACUGGACGUGUGUGAGAAGUGGGGAGAAAUACCACCACUACAACCCAAGCAUAUGAGGGAAGCAGUUCGGAGGUUGAAGUCGAAGGGGCAAAUCCCCAACUCGAAGCAUAAAAAAAUCAUCUUCUUCUAGGCCAAAGACUAGAAAGGUCUGUUACUGAAAGAAGUACUAGUUCUAGUCUUCCUAUUGCAUGAGACUUUCCACACUGGUGCUUCAGUGUAUCAGUCACCAAGGAUUUCAUCAUGAUCUUAAUGUCUUCCUCAAAACCAAUUUGUGUCUAACCCAGAAAAUGGCAUGCAGCCUUGCUUCAUACUUGCCUUGACUAAAU